AUGGGGACUUCACCGAACAAUACCUCUGCUCGAGGUGACCCGAAGUCCCCCAAGAAGUCGACGUCGCAAGGAACAACACCAGAACGUCAAGGUGGAUCAGACUCUGCUUCCGACGCGAAACAGUCCGAUUCGAGUGUGAAGAACGAAUCUGACGGCGCGAAACCUCUUGGACCUCCCCCUCGACCAGCUCCAACGGGCAACACGCCUGACUAUUUUGGAGGACCUCGCAUCAGCGACAGCAACCUCAACCUGGAGCCCAAUCCCUUUGAGCAGUCCUUCGGCGGCGGCAACGGCGCCGAAACGCCUGGAGGUACAAAACUGCCGUCUGUCGCCCACAUCACUUCACCCUCUGCUCUUCUGCCUGGGACCGGCACAACUCCCUUCAACUGGGGAGGAGGCUCGCUUCGAACAGGUCCUCUCAGCCCGGCCAUGCUGUCGGGCCCAACCAAUGAUUACUUUAGUGACAGCCAUCAUCUCCGUGGAGGAUUCCCGACUCCUAACGAGUCCUCUCUGAGGACAGGCCUGACACCUGGUGGCAGUGGUUCCAUGUUCCCUGCCCCGAGCCCGAACUCGCAACUGUUCGCACAACUUGCAGGCAGUGGUGCCACGCCUGGUACCCUCGACUUCCACCGCACUGCGCUGAGUGCCGCUGCGGCUGCCAAGAGAGAAGCACAGAACCUUCCUCAGCCAUCGGUGACAUCAAGGCCAGCAGAGAUGGCCAACGGUGGCGCCGCUCCCAAGCCUGAGGUCAAGACCUCAGGUCCUUUCGAUCCCCACGACAAUGAUGCCGCCAAUGGUCUCUUCAUGCUUGCGCAGGGUGCUGCUCAGGGUAGGAAUGGUGCGCCGACUUCAAACUACCCCCCCACAUCGCAAUCUUCAAACCUCACCAACGGCGCUCCUGCGCCUGCCGUCCAGCCCCUUAACACGUCUCCGAACAUGGGACAUGCCAACGGCGUUUCCUCUAGGGGUGUGAGUGAGGGCGGCAGUGCUGCCUCGGAGGAGAGCGAACAUGCUCGUCCUUCAACUCGCGGCGGCAAGGGGAAGAAGAAUGGCGGCUCGGUGGCGACAAACGGUCGACGCAAGGCCGAAGAGCCGCCUGCCAAGGCACCUGCUGCUAAGAAGCAAAAGACCAGCGCGGCCAUGUCUAUGCCUGAGGGCGACGACAGCCAGUCGGAAGAUGAUGAGGAAACUCACAAACUCGAUGAGAAUGGUGCCAAGGUGAAGAUGACCGAUGAGGAAAAGCGCAAGAACUUUCUCGAGCGCAACAGGGUUGCCGCUCUCAAGUGUCGCCAACGCAAAAAGCAGUGGCUCGCUAACCUCCAGACCAAGGUGGAGAUGUUCAGCACAGAGAACGAUGCCCUGUCGACUCAAAUCACGCAGCUGCGUGAGGAGGUUGUCAACCUCAAGACCCUUCUGCUCGCCCACAAGGACUGCCCCGUGACCCAACAGCAGGGUCUGCACGGCGCGUUCAUGCAGCAGGCCAUUGAGCCUUACAACCACCAGAUGAACCCCUACGGAAUGGCAGGCCCCAUGCAGACCAAUCAGCAAGUGAUGGCUGGCGGACAGGGCGCUCCUCGUCGCUUUUCUUAG